AUGGAAAUGAUGCAUCAAACCGAUUGUGACAGUAAUCUGAUCUACGGAAUUGUCCUUGACCAUGGCGCUAGACAUCCUGAUAUGCCCAAGAGAGCUACCAAUGCAUAUAUUCUUAGCUGUAAUGUCUCGAUGGAGUACGAAAAAAGGUCCUUAAUUGCUCAUAUUGUUAGCGAGGUCAAUUCUGGUUUCUUUUAUCAAACUUCAGAGCAGAGGGAUAAAUUAGUGAUUGGUGAGAGGCAGUUCUGCGAUGAAAAUGUGAAGAAAGUGAUUGAACUAAAGAAGAGUGUUUGCAAUGAUGGAAAUGGAUUUGUCCUUAUUAACCAGAAGAUUCCCUUGUUCCUGGUGCUGCUGCUUUUGAAAUACGUGGGUCUCAUCUUCUAUCCAAAGCAAAUGUUAUUGGAAUGGAGAAGUGCGGUAGUCCAAUAUUAUUUAUUUACAGGAGUUGAGGUUUUUGCUAAAGCAUUGGAUGUGAUACCAAAGACAUUGGCCUCUAAUGCUGGACAUGACUCCCACCAAUCGCUGGCCGCUUUAAAGGACUCGACUCUCUCUUACGUGGGACUAGACAUGGUUACCGGUGGAGUGAUGGAUCCUGUUCGUGAAGGAGUAUUUGAUAAUACUUGUGUUAAGGCACAUUCGAUCUCAUCUGCGUAUCUAAUUUUAUUUUUCCUCAGAUGUGUUAUGGCUUCUAACUUGCUUCAGGUGGAUGAGAUUAUGCGUGCCGGGAUAUCAUCUGUAAAAUCAGGAUUGACCAACUAA